AAGAGGCGGGGCAGGAGCAGCGUGCAAGGUCAGCGCAAAGAGACAGGAGCUUAUAACUAUCCCAGCCGUCCGCCCUUCUCCCCUCGUCGCCGCCGGAGACAUGAGUGUAGAGAUCAAGACCCCCAUCUUCUCCCAGGGAGAGGAUUGCAAAACCGACUGGAGGCUCGCCCACGCCGAGUACGAUGAGUCCGAUGCCCACUUAGAGAUCCUGGGGAAACCAGUCAUGGAGCGCUGGGAGACUCCGUUCAUGCAUUCCCUGGCUGUCGCCGCAGCCUCUAAAGGAGGCCGAGUUCUGGAGAUCGGGUUUGGCAUGGCAAUUGCUGCCACUAAGAUUGAGUCGUUAAAUAUCGAUGAGCACUGGAUCAUUGAAUGCAAUGAAGGUGUAUUUAAGCGGCUGGAGGAGUGGACAAAGGAACAACCUCACAAGAUUGUUCCUCUCAAAGGACUCUGGGAGGAUGUUAUCCCAACGUUACCAGAUUCACAUUUUGAUGGCAUUCUUUACGAUACAUACCCUCUGUCAGAAGAAACCUGGCACGUACAUCAGUUUGCUUUUAUAAAGGAACAUGCUUUGCGUUUGCUGAAACCAGGAGGUGUCCUUACAUAUUGCAACCUCACCUCCUGGGGAGAGCUGCUGAAGGGCAAGUAUGAUGACAUUGAGAAAAUGUUCCAGGAGACCCAAGUAUUUCAUCUCGUGGAGGCUGGCUUCAAGAAGGAGAACAUUAAGACCACUGUCAUGAACAUCACUCCCCCGAAAGACUGCAGAUACUACUCUUUCACAAAGAUGAUCACACCUCUGGUAACGAAGGACUAACAAAGCCAAAACUCUGUUAGGUGCAACAUUCAUUUCUCUUUGAGAUUCAGUAUGGUCUUAGAACAUGUGAAUUAUUAAUUUCAUAUCAUUUCCAACAUAGUUUUCCAUAGAAUAGGUUGAAAGUGGAAAACAAGUUGACAUGAAUACUCUACUUUCAUCACAAUGAAACUAGAGUAUUGGUAUCAAACACUUUGAAAUCAGGUUAGCCACUGUACAAGUGCCUAUGGACCAUCAAAGUGUCUAUGCCCACAUUUGCCUUACACUCUUAACCAUGUACUCACUGGAGGUCUUACUUUUAUUUGGAAGAAUUUUUAGAAUAGGGUCUAUUGUACUCAAGGAGAUUAUAGAUGCAGUUACCUCAAAAGGCCAUCCUAACGUUAGGAAGCUUGGCUAUGGCUGUUACUUUAUACUUACAACUGAUGCAAUUAUGGAUUUUAAAGUCAAUAACCAAGAAAAUAUUUAUAUUCAUGAUUUUAACAAUAGGCGAAAUUGAACCUAAAUAGUAUGUCCACUCAGGUUUAACGAGCUUUUAUAGCUAUGAAGGGGAAGAUCACAAAUUAGUGCCAGAGAGUAGUGUUGGGCACAUUGUUGCAACCACUUUGUACUGAGGGACGCUUGGAAUAAAUAUCUAAUCAAAUAA